AUGGCGGCGGCGGCGGGAGGCGGCGGCCCCGCGGGCCCUCAGGCGGCCGGCGCGGCUCCCGCCCCGGUGCCGGGUCCCGGCGCGGUGCUGAUCGGCGACCGGCUCUACUCGGGCGUGCUGAUUACGUUGGAGAACUGCCUGCUGCCCGAGCACACGCUGCGCUUCACGCCGUCCAUGAGCAGCGGCCUGGACCCCGACACCGAGACCGAGCUGCGCGUCACCGGCUGCGAGCUCAUCCAGGCGGCCGGGAUCCUGCUGCGGCUGCCGCAGGUGGCUAUGGCUACAGGACAGGUGCUAUUCCAGCGUUUUUUUUAUACCAAGUCUUUUGUGAAGCAUUCCAUGGAGCAUGUGUCCAUGGCCUGUGUCCAUCUGGCAUCCAAAAUUGAGGAAGCCCCCAGGCGCAUUCGGGAUGUGAUCAAUGUGUUCCAUCGCCUCAGACACCUGAGGGAGAAAAAAAAACCCGUGCCUCUAAUAUUGGAUCAAGAGUAUGUGAACUUGAAGAAUCAAAUAAUUAAGGCAGAAAGAAGAGUGUUGAAGGAGUUGGGAUUUUGUGUUCACGUGAAGCACCCUCAUAAGAUAAUCGUUAUGUACCUUCAGGUAUUAGAAUGUGAACGUAACCAACACCUGGUCCAGACCUCAUGGGUAGCCUCUGAGGGUAAGUGACUAAGACUUCUCCUCUGCUGCCCAUGGUGCAGGGAUAGCUGCCGUCUUCAGUCAACCCAAAGCUCUCCAAAGAGAAGGCUGGCUCUAGACAGGUGGUAUAAACAUGAUAGUAGAGUAACUGGCCAACUGCUUCUUGUGCUUAUAUAUAUAUUUAUUUUUUUUAUUCUGCAUUUUUGGGUUGUUUGUAUAUUUGAUAACCUGAGCGUUGAAAUUCUGAAUUAUUUUUUUUUUAAAUGUUCUGUUUCUCUUAACUGUUAUAAUGUGACGUGUUUCUUAUAUGAUAAAGUAAAUUAAGGUGGGGUUUAAAUCUUAAAA